UUCACAUUAAAGAAUGUCACUCUUUCUAUUGUCAUUGGUUGUAGCAGCUUUCAUUUUUGUAGUACGGUGUUUAUUGAAAUACUUCGUUGGGGUUGAGGAUAUUGGGUUUCUAGUUCAAGUUCAAGCCAAAGAUUAUAUAGUAUUAAAUAAACAGUACACGUAGACGGUUAUUCAUUUUUGAUUUGUAUAUAAUAUAAUAUUGGACUCUGAUCAUAAAUUAAAAUGGGUGAAAAUGUUAAAGUUAUAGUGCGUUGUCGCCCAAUGAAUCAAAAGGAAAUUAGUAACAAAUGCGAUACUGUAGUUGAGAGUGGAGCUUACGAGGUAACUGUAUUGAAUCCUUCAGCACGGAAUGCACCACGGAAAUCGUUUACUUUUGACAAUGUCUACGAUGGACUGUCAAAGUCUGAAACAAUAUACAAUGAUAUGUGCUACUCAUUGGUGGAGAGCACAUUAGAAGGCUACAAUGGGACAAUAUUUGCAUACGGCCAGACAGGAUGUGGCAAGACCCACACUAUGCAGGGCGAUAGUAACCUGAUGAAUGAGCCAAGCAAGGGCAUUAUACAGCAAUGCUUUGAUCAUAUAUUUGAGACUAUAUCAAUGGCGACUAACGUGAGAUACCUGGCAUUAGUAAGCUAUUUGGAAAUCUAUAAUGAAAAUAUCAGAGAUUUGUUAAUCAUUGAUGAACCAGUAACCACGUCAAAAAAUCCUGUAAAUCAUCUACUUAAGGAUGUCCCAGGAGUAGGUAUCACAGUGCCGACUCUAACGACUCAAGCUGUGGUAAAUGCAAAAGAAUGUUACAACUGGCUAAGAAUUGGUAAUAAAAAUCGCAUUACCGCUGCCACAUUGAUGAAUGAAAAGAGCUCACGUUCACAUACAAUAUUCACGAUUAAUCUUGAGCAAAUCCAAGGCUCAACUCCAACACAUCCGAUGUUGGGCGGCAUCCGAAGGGGCAAAUUAAACCUCGUUGAUUUGGCUGGUUCUGAGCGACAGUGCAAAACAGGAACGUUCGGGGAGAGAUUGCGCGAGGCAACAAAAAUCAACCUGUCUUUAUCGGCACUGGGGAAUGUAAUAUCUGCACUAGUUGAUGGAAAAAAGAAGCAUGUACCGUAUCGUGACUCAAAACUAACUCGGUUACUGCAGGACUCAUUAGGUGGCAAUACGAAAACGAUUAUGAUCUCGUGUAUAUCACCAGCGGAUGUGAAUUAUGACGAAACUCUGUCAACCUUACGAUACGCAAGUCGGGCAAAAUGUAUAUCAAAUUUACCGAAGAUCAAUGAGGAUCCAAAAGAUGCUAAGCUUCGCCAAUAUCAGGAGGAGAUCCUGGAGCUGAAAAGGUUGCUCGUUGAGAGCCAGCAACAAGGAAAUAGUGAGUCUACCGAUGAUAAUUACAGGCAACAGCAACGUCGUUUAUAUGAGGAAACCCUAAAAAUGCCCCAGCAAAUGACUGAAAAGAGUAAGCGUCAAGUAUCUGCUCAUGAAAUCGAUAGAAAUUUAAAUAAAAACAGUCAAUUAGAAGGCGAGGAUUUUCAAUUGCAAGUACAAAAGCGAGUCGAUAUAAUUAAACAUGUCCUUAUCGGAGGUGAACGAGUCAACGAUUUACAACUAAAAGAACGUCAUAGGAUGCGUAAAUUGGAAGCUAAGCGUAUUGCGCAUGCACUUAGCCGAAUCGUAAGUGAGGACCGCGACUUGUUGCAGGGACACUAUAGCAGUAUACAACAAGAAAUUAAUAUAAAAAACGACCAUAUUAAGAGAUGUGCGCAGAAAAUUAAAAUGCUUGAGAGAGAAGUUGCCGACCUGAAUUCUGAAUUUCAGUUAGAUCGCGAAGAUUAUUUAGAGGAAAUCCGCAACCUUGGACGUAAUUUAAAAUUUUAUCAAAUUUUAUUGCACAAAGCUCAACCAAUUCUUCGUAAAAGUGGCAAAAAUUGGUAAUGUACAUAUUAACGUUACAUGCAUAUGUAUGUAAGAGUAUUUGCUUUGAAUCUAUUUGACGCUAUGCUAUUG